GGCUGCAGCAGCUUAACACUUUGAAGCUCCGGGCUGCUCUGUGUGGUACAAAGCAGGGAUAGAGAGUGGCACUUUAGGAACUGCAGAGACCGAGGUUGGAUUUAAAUGUUAUAGUAAUCUCGCUGUUUAAAAAAAGAAAGUACUCUGUGUGUAGAAGAGUCACAGAAGCUUUGUUAGAUUUUUUUUCCCCCCCUUUGUGGUCUCCUCCGAGGGUUUGGUGAUGACAGCGUCUGCUGACAAUUGUGAUGUUAAUCGGGUGGACAGAGUCUCUCAGGGGUUGGUGAUUGAGAAUGAAAUUAGAUCUAAGAAAAUGAACGGGACUCUGGACCACCCAGACCAGCCCGACAUCGAUACCAUAAAGAUGUUUGUGGGACAGAUUCCGCGAACUUGGUCUGAGAAGGAGCUGAGAGAGCUGUUUGAACCGUAUGGCAGCGUGUAUGAAAUCAACAUUCUACGAGACAGAAGUCAAACACCCCCCCAGAGCAAAGGUUGUUGUUUUGUAACCUAUUACACUCGUAAAGCAGCAUUAGAAGCACAAAAUGCCCUUCACAACAUGAAAAUUCUACCAGCGAUGCAUCAUCCUAUUCAAAUGAAACCCGCAGACAGCGAGAAGAAUAAUGAAUUAUCCUACAAUUGUUCUGUUCCAGCUAUAGAAGACAGAAAGCUGUUCAUAGGAAUGGUUUCGAAGCAGUGUAAUGAAAAUGAUAUCAGGCUCAUGUUUUCACCGUAUGGACAGAUUGAGGAAAGUCGAAUAUUACGCGGACCGGAUGGUUUGAGUCGAGGUUGUGCUUUUGUUACUUUCACGGCAAGACAGAUGGCACAGUCAGCUAUCAAAGCAAUGCACCAGUCGCAAACUAUGGAGGGCUGCUCCUCUCCGAUUGUCGUGAAGUUUGCAGAUACGCAGAAAGAUAAAGAGCAGAAACGGAUUGCACAGCAGUUACAACAGCAGAUGCAGCAGCUCAAUGCUGCCUCCAUGUGGGGGAAUCUUACAGGGCUGAACACACUCGGGCCCCAGUACUUGGCACUUUAUUUGCAGCUUCUUCAACAGACCGCCUCGACGGGGAAUAUGAACGCACUUAGCAACCUUCACCCCAUGACGGGGUUAAAUGCAAUGCAGUUACAGAACCUGGCUGCGUUGGCGGCUGCUGCCGGUGCCUCUCAGAAUACAAUGUCUGGCACAAACUCUCUUACCAACUCCAGCAGUCCCCUCGGUCUCCUCACCAGUGCAGGCGGGGGACAGCAGGCACAUUCUACCUGGGACGCAUACAAGGGCUCCUCCUCCAACUCAAGUGGCAACUCUUCACUAAAUCCUAUGGCUUCUCUUGGAGCUCUGCAGUCCCUUGCAGGUGCAACUGCAGGACUAAACGUUGGGUCUUUGGCAGGAAUGGCUGCUUUAAACGGAGGAUUAGGGAGUGGAAGUCUUUCGAACGGCACAGGCAGUACGAUGGAAGCAUUGACUCAGGCAUGUUCGGGAAUCCAGCAGUAUGCUGCAGCUGCAUUACCUACACUUUAUAACCAGAGUCUGCUAACACAACAGAGCCUCGGGGCUGCGGGGAGCCAGAAAGAAGGUCCUGAAGGAGCGAAUCUCUUCAUUUACCAUCUUCCCCAGGAGUUUGGGGAUCAGGAUCUGCUCCAAAUGUUCAUGCCAUUCGGGAAUGUCAUCUCAGCCAAGGUUUUCAUUGACAAGCAGACCAACCUCAGCAAGUGUUUCGGUUUUGUAAGUUAUGACAAUCCAGUCUCAUCUCAGGCAGCCAUUCAGUCCAUGAACGGUUUCCAGAUUGGCAUGAAGCGACUGAAAGUUCAGCUCAAGCGAUCCAAAAACGACAGCAAGCCAUACUGAGCUUUUCUCUCAAAUGGACUUGAGUUUAAAAAAAAUUCUGAUAUCUUCAUGCCCGUUUGUUCAUCGUUUGCCUAGCAUGUCGAUAUGACGUCAAAAGUUCAUCGUCCAACCCUUGUCUUCUGAGCUUCUCUGAUGCUUGACCUCUCACCUUUGACCUUGUGUUAACUUUGACGUUUAUUAAUUAUAAAAAGAUUUUGUUUUUUUUUCAUUUCUGUGUGUGCUGCCAAUCAGUUAUGCUAGAAAGACUGCUAAACAAAAAAUAAAUUCUAUUUGAAGUUACCCUUUGAAUAUUGUUACAAGAGUCUAUUUUUCUAGAACUUCCUAAAAUAACCACUAGAUUUUGCAACAAAAAAAACUACUUCUAAUUUUUUGUUUUGUUUUGUUUUUUUUAAUAGCAGUCUUCCUAGCAUGUCACAUGUAGUAUUUGUAUUUGUCCUCAAGCAGCCAAUCAGUUUGUAGAAGCUACUGUGUGUGUGUGUGUGGUGUUCUUCUUUCUUGUUAGUUCUAAACCUUUUUAAGAUGAUGGUCACAUUUUGCUGAAACCGAGGAUGAAUUUGUAAUUUUGUGCUAGGUUAGUUGGCAUGAUGUAUUUUUUGGGAGAUCUCUUAUUAACCGAGUGACGUCAUUUAUUAUUAUUAUUACUAUUAUUAUUAUUAUUGUAAUUAUAAACACUUGCAUUGCCUUUUUCUUUAGUGUGUCAUUUUUUUUGCAAUUAUUUCUUUUCCUUGUGUGGUUAUCAGCAUUUGUCUGUAGUGAAAAUAUUCUAAAACAAGCAAAAUAAUUAGAUCUUUGUCACAAUAAUUAGUUUAAUCUAUAUCUUGCAUGCGUGUUUUUUUUGUAACUGCACUGAAAUCCUCGGCAAAAUGUGAUUUAAUUUUGUUUAAAGAAAUGAAAUGGUGCCAAAAGUUUUGCAUGUUGCUGUUGGUCACAUCUUUUCUGUACAUCUUUUACCUCCCUUUCUCUCUGGUUUAACAGCGCAAAAAAACAAAAUAAAACCAGUACGUUUUGGUUUAAUGAGUUAUUUAAGUGUUGGUGUGGCAAAUCGUAUAACGUGGUUCCAUCUUACUCAUUACCACUGUGUGUUUAGACUAUGAUGGGUAAAUGCUUCAUAUAUAUAUAUAUGAUAGAGAUUUCACACUGUGUGCGACCAGGGUCUAGGAGUAUAAAAGUGCUUUGUGUCCGUGUGCACAAAUUCUAUAAGGUUUAAAAACAUUUCUACAGAGAAUGAGAGAAUUUUACACACUUUAGUAUCCAUAUACUUCAGCAUUCUCUUAAAAUAAACUUUAAGCUACAGAAUCGGGUGGUACUGCAUAAUAUAAUUCAUUUUAAGAUUGUUCCCAGCCUUUUUAUUCGUAAUGUUGUUUUCAGUGAAAUCUGUCUGCCGAAGCCUUGAUUUUAAUGAUCAAAAAACAAAUGCAGUUUAUCCAAAACUGGACCACUUCAUCUGAAAUACCUCCGCUGUUUGCUGUACAAAACACAGCAUUUUAUUGAACAAUUUUGCUGCUGUCUUUUUGAAACAUAAGAAGAACCGAUAGGCAAUUUCCAACAAAAACAGUUGUAAUUGAGUUCUACAGAAAUAAACUACAAAUUAAAUCUUGCUUUAAAAUAUUUUGACAGAAUUGGAGGAAAACACAAAAGCCUUUCAUAUCAGUGGACAUUGCCAAGACUUGCCUGCAUGUGCAAAAUGUUUUCUUUUUUUUAUAAUAAAUACUGCAUUAUUAUAAUCCUACUGUCCUGAAUCAUUACCACAUUAAGCUUUCUUAAGUGUCCCAGGGAGCAUCAGCUGCCACGUUAUUUUUCAGGUAUCUCUCCAUGACGUUCUUCAGCAUAGCUGCACGUUUCCUUUUCGUCUAGACACAUACUCUUCCUGAAAACCAAGAUGACUUGUAAAGCAUUGUAAUGUUGUUCUGUGUAUUGAGGAGCUGUGGGCUGAAAAACUAAUUAGAAUAAUAAAGUGAUAGAACUGCAGGUUAAUGGCCCUGUUUUAUGUGAAAGGUCUAAAAAAUGUCUAAUUUUUAAUCCUAUUAAGUAUUUGGUUCUGAAUAUGUUUUUAGUACCAAUGCAAUAGUCUAAACACACUCCUCACCUGAUCAUAUUUUUUUCAACAUUGAUGUUCGUUCGGAGCCAGAAAAACUCCCUUUUGCCAUUGAUAACAUUGCUGAUCGCACGAGAAACUGCAUUCUGAACUAGCUUUAUACUUGAAUGUGGUGAACACAUGCUCGCCAGGAGUUUUUCUGGUUCGGAUUUAAACAGUGUUGCGGGUUUCAGAAGUAUCUCCCUAAUCCUGUGGAAAUGUUCAAAACUAAAAUGCCAAAAUGUUUGAUCAUAUGUUAGACUGUGGUUGUUUCAUUGACUUGAGAUACUUAAGUGACUGACUCUUUUUUCCAGCUGCUUUUUUUUUUUGUGUGUGAAUUAAAAUGUAGUCUUUGAAAGAAACCUAUGGGAUUUUUUAUUGGUCCAAAGUGAUUGUAUUGAACACUAGGUUUUGUACAGUUUUUGCCUUUUCUACUAGAAAAAAGUUAACUUCACAAUGUGAAAUUGAAAUAAAAAAAAUUAAAAAAUUAAAAAAAAACCUUGUAGAAUUUGCCACUAUGACCAAACUUAUCAGUCUGUACUGCAGUAAGAUUGAAAAAUGAUUUAAAAAAAUAAAUAAAACAUGUGAAGUCUUCAUUACUUCUGGCAACAACAACAACAAAAAAUUCUUUUUGGGAGUCAUCAUUGUGUGGUUUUGAUGUAAAAUUUAAAAACAUGAUUUAUUAAAAUAGCUAAACCAUUUUUUUGUGUGUGUGUGUAGUUGAUUUAAAAAAAAAAAAAGUUACCAGUUUGGAACAGCAAGUAUUUGUUUAAUGAUUUUCCUACCUUUUACGGCUAGACUGGGGUACUAAACUGUUUUAAUUGCACAUGCAACAAGCAGUCCUUUUGUAUGCCAAGUGUGGUGCCUAUUGUUUAAUUACAAUUAAACUGUUUGAGAAGAUUCA